AUUUAGGCCGGUCGCCAUCACGCUUCUUGGGCAGGGGGUUGCUGGAACGUUCCCCGCGCUGCUGCGCAGCAGGUCCUUGAUUCCUAGCCCUGGCUGACCUCCCUGGACACCAGUCAUCCUAGGUGUCUCUGCUUUGCCCUUGGCUAUACACCGUCACGUUUCCAGUGCAGGCCUGGCAAGAUGUUACCUCUUGAGAAGGCUGUGGCCUCUCCCAGGAGCUCCCCAACACCCCCUGAACCACCCACACUAGGCUCAGAAGAUGCAGCCCAGCAGGGGGAACCUGAGGCUGAGCCUGAAGCCAAGGCUGAGGCUAAUGACCAUGCUGAAGCUGUUGCUGAGGUUCAUGAGGAUAUGGCCAAAGUUGAUGCUGAUGUUGCUGAGGUUCAUGGCCAUGAAGUUGAGGUCCAUUUCGAUGCUGCUGAGGGUCAUGCUGAUGCUGAAGUUAAUGCCAAUGUAGGUGAGGUUGAUGCCGAUGCUACUGAGGUUGAGAUUGAUGCUGAGGUCCAUGCUGAUGCUGCUGAGGUUGAGGUUGAUGCUGAUGCAGCUGAGGUUGAUGUCGAUGCGGCCGAGGUUGAUGUCGAUGCAGCCGAGGUUGACGCCGAUGUGGCCGAGGUUGACCCUGAUGAUGUGGCCGAGGUUGACCCUGAUGNUGAUGCUGAGAUCACGUAUGAAGUCUGUGCCAAUGCAGCUGAGGUUGACAAUGAUGUUGAGUUUGAUGCUGAAGUUGAUCCAGAUAUGGCUGAGGUUGAUGUUGAAACUGAGGCUGAAACUGGCUACGAGAGGACCCCUGUGGACCUGGAAUUCUCCCGCCUGCGCUUCCGGGAAUUUGCCUACCAGGAAGCAGCAGGGCCGCACCAGACUCUGGCCCGGCUCCAUGAGCUGUGCCGGCAGUGGCUGCGGCCUGAGUCUUGCUCCAAGGAGGAAAUUCUGGAGAUGCUGGUGCUGGAACAGUUCCUGGGCAUCCUGCCUGACAGGGUCCGCCCCUGGGUGGUGGCCCAGUAUCCUGAGAACUGCAAGAAGGCUGCCUCCUUGGUAGAGGGUCUUUCUGAUGUCCUGGAUGAGCCAGAUAUGCUGCUGUGCUCCCCCGGGGGGUCAUCAUCUGAGCUCAGCGAGGGAACAUAUGAGCGACCCUCGGAUCCGCUGCUGCCAGCGCUGCCUUCCCUCCUCCCAGCCUGGCCUGCCCUGGAGUCCAUGCUUCUGGAACAGGGGAGUGUUGGGGGAGAAAAGUCCAGGGAGGCUGGCCCUGCCAAAGCUGAGCUGGAGAAGCCAAAGCCGUCUUCAGAGGAGCCCCUGCCGUCAGGGGAGUGGGACCAUCUGGACCCUGCAGAAGAGAACCUGCAGAGCUACAGAAAGCUGCUUCUCUGGGGCUGGAGACUGAGGAGGCUGGAUUGGAGGACCUGGACCUGCCAGGAGACAGCGGCCCAGGUGGGUUCCUUGUCUCCUGGCUGUGGCCACAUCAUUUCCUGGUUCAGGAAUGCUGUUCAGGGCUCAUCUCACUGGCAGGAAGCACAAGGCUGCCCACUCUUUACUCUUGUGCUGAUGGCUACAUGUGGCCAUGUAGUCACAGGCUGCAUGGCAGGCUGGGGUGACAGCAAAGCAGGUGCCUGUGAGGGUGUCUCUGGGGAAGAGGCACAGACAGACAGGAUUGCUGAGGAUGCACCCAGAAGCCCUUCAGAGGGCAUGGCUCAGGAGCAAGAUGGGCAGCCCAAGAAGGUUCUGGAAGAUCGGGGAGAGGUGCUAUCUAGGCCGGAAACCGCACCCUCACUGGAGGUGCAGGACAAGGACGCAGUAGGGCCGGCUGGCCUGCAGCCAGGCAUUGGCACAAAGCGGCCUCAUCCAGAGGAUGAGGCUGAGGCAGAGGCCGAGGAUGAGGAGGGACCUGGGUGUGCCACCAGUGAUGUGGGGAAAGAGCUAGCUGCAGAGGGCUUGGGGCCCCCAGUCGAGCAGGCCCCAGGCCCCUCCUCAGGAGCCAGCCCUCCCAUGGCUGAGGCUGGAGCCAGGCUUGGGCAACCAUAUCCCUGCAGUGAGUGUGGGGAAGCAUUUGCGUGGAUCGCUCACCUUGCUGAACACCUCAGCAGCCACAGCGCCCACAGCAGCAAGAAGCACCGCGCCUGCCCAGACUGCUAGGAGCCUGUGCCCUGGCCUCCGAGCACUGGGGCCUAAGGAGAAGAAAGAAGCCUGGAGCCCACAUGGGCAGGACUACAGCUCCGAGUAUGUGGAAGGUGCUGUGAGCAUCCCUGAGGUGUCAGUUUAGCCUGGCUGGGAAUCUAGAAUGCCCUUGGGUGGUUUCCUAUGAUGUCUUCUGAUGUCAGUGUCCUAAGGUUGCCUUGAGCACUAAAGUGCUUGCGCCUUCCACAGCCACUUCCGCACCACCCCACAGGUGGGGUCACUCGACGUUGUGCAGCGUGUACAGUUGCCUUACAGUAUGUGAUUGUUGGGCCUUCCUAGUCAUCUUUUUUUUGACUGCUGCGCUUCUUGGAGCUAAGUUUGUUCAAGCAGAAUUCUUGACAUGUGUUUUGGCCUUUUUGUAAAUACAUGUCAGUUUCAUUUCUGAAUCCUCAAAAAUGGACACUUAACUCGUUUAGCUCAUGUGUCUUUACCUAUGUGGAGUGGCUGACAAAGAUCCCCAAAUUGCUUGGGGCCUAGUAAGUUUUCAAACUACAGGUUCCAGCCCAUUAGUGAAUUGUGAGAUCAAACCAGUGGAUGGCCACUGGUGUUACAAAGCAACAAAGUAGAGUAGAAUAGGUCAGAAUGCAUUGUGUAGUGAAGGCAAAUACUGUUUUGUGAAACUUUUCAACUGUGUAUCUAAAUGUGAAAACUGGCUGCCAUGUAAAAUGUUUCUCAUUAGGGGACUGAGAUUAAAAUGGGUUGAAGAUACUAAUAAAGGUUGAUGAAGCCAUCUGUCUGCCUGAGCAAUGGGAACCAAACUCUUAGGUUUCCAUAAGGUGAUCUUUUGAUUUUUACAUUGAGUCUCAGCUUACAGUGUUGUUUCUGUUGUCUGAGCAUUAAUUUAGUUGCUCCUUGUAGAUACAGAAGUGGGUGCUUCUUUCUGUAACUGUCUGAGCGGGCAUUCUGUGUAACCUCCAGA